AGGUUCGGCCCAUGAUAUGCGUGUACUUCGCAAUGCUCUCUCUAGACCAAACGGUUUUAGGGUACCUCGAGGUAAUUAUUAUUUGGUUGAUGCGGGAUAUACGAAUUGUGAGGGCUUUCUUGCUCCAUAUAGAGGUCAAAGAUACCAUUUAAAAGAAUGGACGGAUCAACAACCCGAAAGUGCCGAGGAGUUCUAUAACAUGAAACAUGCUAGGGCGCGAAAUGUCAUUGAGAGAUGUUUUGGCCUGCUUAAAGGAAGAUGGAGUAUUCUUAGAAGUCCUUCAUUUUUUCCUAUUAGAACUCAUGGGCGUAUCGUGAUGGCUUGUUGCUUAUUGCAUAAUCUAAUUAGAAAAUUCAUGCCUACGGAUGAUAUAAACGAAGAUGAAUUGAAUGAAUCCGAUGAUGAUUCCGAAAGUGAUUCCGAUGAUGAAAGGGAAUUUAUUACAAGUGUUGCUACUUCGGAUCAUUGGACCAAUUUUAGAAAUAAAUUAGCCCAAGAUAUGUUUAAUGAUUGGAGGGCGAGAGGUAGACAUGGUCAAUAGCAAACAAUGUAUGCUUUUUCUUUAAUAUAUGUUUCUUCAUAUAUCUGCUUGUGGCAUUUUCUUUUAGAUUAUUUUUGUUUAAUAAGCUUACCAUUAGCAUAUUGUACUCUGAAAUUGGAAUUAUGCCUGUUUUAUUAUCCUGCCUCUUAAUUUGUUUGAUCAUGAAUUGUGCCUUGAUUUGUUCUGUGUCAAGGGGAUGUUCUAUUUUUUUGAAUUGAUUUUGAGUGUUUUUCUUUUAUGCUGCUCUAUGUUAUGUACCUUUUUUCUUUUAGUCAAAGAGAAAUUUUAAGGUUGUUGACUGGGUUUGGCUCAAAUUACUUGCUUACAGGCAGUAAUAUUUACAGAGUAGGAGUAACCAAAAGUAGCUAAGUAGCUUAUGAGUAUUUUGGUCCCUCUCAAGUUCAAGUAGUUAUUAGUUAAAGUAGCUUAAGUCGAAGUUGCCUACAAAAACUCAGAUACAUGAUGUCUUUCAUUUACUAAGCUAAAGGUCUUUAGAGGAUUUUGCAUCUCAUAUUCCAGUUGUAUUUCAAGCUAAGGGCAGGAAAGUUCUCAGUCUUCUUUGUUU